GCGCUUAGCACGCUGCGUCCUGCGUAGUAGCGGAUCAUCAGUAGCCCCGCCCUUUCUUAGGGUACGCCGCAGGCGCGCUCACGCUUGUAGCCCCGCCCACCUGUUGAUAGUGGUGGAGGCCGAGUGUGUAGCCCCUCCCCCUCAGUGUUCUGUGCUUGCUGCUGCCCUCUGCAGGUUGGCCGGUGUUGUGCUUGAGGCCUGGUCGGUACCCACAGUAGUUCAUUGAUCCCGGUUGUGUGUGUGACGGUCCCGGCCGGUGCUCAGUGCAGCCCUGGCGACUCCUGCGUGGCAGCGGCAGCGCCUGUCCGGAGGGCGGCGGCGCUCGGACAAUCCAGAACCCAUGAGCUCUAAGAGGCGCAGGGCCACGUCCCCAUCCAGCAGUGUCAGUGGUGGAGACUUUGAUGACUCCCCACAUACCACAAGUACCCCAAACUCCGGCAGGAAACGGAGGAGACUUGCUACUGUGCCAAAUGUAGAUCCGAUCGCCGUCUGCCACGAGCUCUAUAACACAGUCAGGGACUACAAAGAUGAACAAGGUCGCAUUCUCUGUGAGCUUUUUAUUAGGGCGCCAAAACGCAGGAACCAGCCGGAUUAUUAUAAUAUUAUUUCCCAGCCCAUUGAUCUAAUGAAAAUCCAGCAGAAGUUAAAGAUGGAUGAGUAUGAAGAUGUCACCGUUCUGACAGCAGAUUUCCAGUUACUCUUCCAGAAUGCAAAGACAUAUUAUAAAUCUGACACUCCUGAAUACAAAGCAGCAUGUAAGCUGUGGGACCUUUACGUGCGCACAAGAAAUGAGUUUAUCCAGAAGGGUGACUGUGAGGAGGAGGAGGAGGAUGAUGAUGAAGACGAUAUGCAGGACACUUCAAAUCCAGAAGCAGAGACUUCGCAGAAUUAUUUAAGGCCAAUCCUGGAACAACUGCUGGAAUCUAUAACCGUUGCUGCAGAUCCUAAUGGCAGACUGAUCAGCGAACUCUUUCAGAAAGUUCCUUCGAAAGUACAUUAUCCAGACUACUACGCAAUAAUAAAAGAUCCAAUUGAUCUGAAAACCAUUUCCCAAAGGAUUCAGUCCGGUUAUUAUAACAACUUAAAUUCAAUGGCCAAGGAUAUCGACCUACUAGCAAAGAAUGCCAAGACUUACAAUGAACCGGGCUCCCAGGUGUUCAAGGAUGCCAACACAAUAAAGAAACUUUUUGCACUUAAGAAGUCUGAACUUGACUACACAGAGUAUUCCAAAUCCAGUCUCCGCAGCAGCAGGAACAAGCGGCCAGCACAAGGAGAUCGAUUGUCUGCUAUCACAAUGGCACUCCAGUACGGCUCCGAGAGCGAGGAGGAUGCUUCUCUGAAUGCAGCAUCAUCCAUCCGCUAUGAGGAAGGAGAGUCUGAAGGAGAAAGCAUAACCUCGUUCAUGGAUAUCUCUAGUCCAUUGUAUCAGCUUUAUGAGACAGUCAGAUCCUGUCGGAAUAACCAGGGUCAACUGAUAGCCGAACCUUUCUUCCACCUCCCAUCAAAGAAGAAAUAUCCAGAUUAUUACCAGCAAAUCAAGAACCCUGUAUCUCUACAACAGAUAAGAACGAAGUUAAAGAAUCAGGACUAUGAUACUCUGGAUCAGCUGGAGACUGAUUUAAAUAUGAUGUUUGAGAAUGCAAAGCGCUACAACGUCCCAAAUUCAGCAAUUUACAAACGAGUCUUUAAACUGCAGCAACUAAUGCAGGCGAAAAAGAAAGAGCUGGCUCGCAGAGACCUGGAUAUAGAAGACGGAGACAGCAUGAUUUCCUCCGCCACAUCUGACACUGGCAGCGCAAAGAGGAAGAGCAAGAAAAAUAUACGGAAACAACGCAUGAAGAUAUUGUUCAAUGCUGUCCUGGAUGCCCGGGAGCCUAUGAGCAAUCGUCGCCUUUGUGAACUUUUCAUGUUUAAACCAUCCAAAAAAGACUACCCAGAUUACUAUAAGAUCAUUCUGGAGCCCAUGGACUUAAAAACCAUUGAACACAAUAUUCGUGCAGACAAAUAUGCCACAGAGGACGCCAUGAUGGAUGACAUGAAGCUAAUGUUCCGCAAUGCCUGGCACUAUAAUGAAGAAGGCUCACAGGUCUACAACGAUGCGCACGUGUUGGAGAGGAUCCUGAAGGAGAAAAGGAAAGAGCUUGGUUCUUUACCAGAUGACGACGAUAUGGCGUCUCCAAAACUCAAGCUAAGUAGAAAAAGUGGAAUUUCUCCAAAGAAAACCAAAUAUCUGAGCCCCAUGCAGCAAAAACUGAACGAAGUGUAUGAAGCAGUGAAGAAUUACACAGAUAAACGUGGAAGACGUCUGAGCGCCAUCUUUCUGCGUCUACCUUCCCGCUCUGAGCUACCAGACUAUUAUGUGACCAUCAAAAAGCCCAUAGACAUGGAAAAGAUCAGGAGUCACAUAAUGGCCAACAAGUACCAGGAUAUCGAUGCUAUGUGUGAGGACUUUGUCAUCAUGUUUAAUAACGCGUGCACUUACAAUGAGCCAGAGUCCUUAAUAUACAAGGAUGCUCUGGUCCUGCAUAAGGUGUUACUGGAGACCCGCAGGGACAUUGAAGGAGAUGAAGAUUCUCAUGUUCCCAAUGUGACUUUGCUCAUCCAGGAGCUCAUACACAACCUGUUUGUGUCCAUGAUGAGCCAUCAGGAUGAUGAAGGACGAUGUUAUAGUGAUUCCCUGGCUGAAAUACCUGCAGUGGACCCUAAAUUUCCUAAGAGGCCUCCUGUCACUUUUGAGAUUAUCCGAAAAAACGUGGAAAACAACCGAUACCGAAGACUCGACCUUUUCCAGGAGCACAUGUUCGAGGUUCUGGAAAGAGCGCGGCGAAUGAAUCGGACGGAUUCCGAAAUCUACGAGGACUCUGUGGAGCUUCAACAGUUUUUUAUUAAAAUUAGAGAUGAACUUUGCAAAAAUGGUGAGAUCCUUCUUUCACCUGCCUUGAGCUAUACUACCAAGCACCUCCACAAUGAUGUAGAGAAGGAGAAGAAGGAAAAGCUACCCAAAGAACUAGAAGAAGAUAAGGUCAAAAGGGAGGAGGAGAAAAAAGAAGCUGAAAAGAGUGAAGAUCGUUCUGGCCAGUCUGGACAAUACCGAACCUAUAGCCAAGACUGCAGCUUUAAAAACAGCAUGUACCACGUUGGGGACUAUGUGUAUGUAGAACCUGCAGAGGCCAAUCUCCAGCCACAUAUAGUCUGCAUAGAGCGUCUCUGGGAGGACAAUGCAGGGGAGAAGUGGUUGUACGGUUCUUGGUUCUAUCGACCCAAUGAAACCUUUCAUCUUGCCACUCGUAAAUUCCUAGAGAAGGAAGUGUUCAAGAGCGACUACUAUAACAAGGUCCCUGUGAAUAAAAUCCUUGGGAAAUGCGUUGUGAUGUUUGUGAAGGAAUAUUUCAAAAUUUGCCCUGAAAACUUUAGAGAUGAGGAUGUAUUUGUAUGCGAAUCCCGGUAUUCCGCUAAAACCAAAUCCUUUAAGAAGAUUAAGUUAUGGACGAUGCCCGUCAGUUCAGUGCAUUUUAGGCCCAGAGACUUACCUCUGCCUGUGGUGAGAGUGGCCUCAGUGUUUGCACAUAAAGAUAAGGUAGAUGAAGAUGCUUCCUCCGAAAACAUGGAGGACACAAAGGAUGAGGAUAUCACUAUCUGCCUUGAAAAGGAAAAGGAAGAUGUACCUGUAGAUAUGCCCAAUGGGGAACCUGGCUGUUACUACUAUGAGCAGCUCCGCUAUAAUGACAUGUGGCUGAAGGUCGGGGAUUGCGUGUUCAUCAAGUCACAUGGAUUAGUGAGGCCUAGAGUGGGCAGAAUCGAAAAAAUGUGGCUUCGAGACGGAGCGGCCUAUUUCUUUGGCCCAAUAUUUAUUCAUCCAGAGGAGACCAUUCAUGAGCCAACCAAAAUGUUCUACAAGAAAGAAGUGUUCUUGAGUAACUUAGAAGAAGCCUGUCCCAUGACCUGCAUUUUAGGAAAAUGUGCUGUUUUAUCUUUCAAGGAUUUUCUGUCUUGUCGUCCAACGGAAAUCCCUGAAAAUGACGUAUUGCUGUGUGAGAGCCGAUACAAUGAGAGUGACAAACAGAUGAAGAGGUUUAAAGGGCUGAAAAGGUUUUCGCUGUCGGCUAAAGUUGUGGAUGAUGAAAUCUAUUAUUUCAGAUUUGAAGAGGAGGAGUCGUGGCCGGAAGAAGCCUCCAUGAUGGCCCAGGACAGAUGGAAAAGAAAAAGAAAAGUGAACGACUCCGAUCAGACAAGACGCCUUCCGAAACCCAUUGUUCCUCAAAAAGAGCCGUCUCCACUCUUGGAGAAGAAGAUCCAAGAUUUGGAGGCAAAAUUUGCCGAGCUGGAGAGUGCGGAUGACGAUAUUGAAGAUAUGGGAGAUGAAGAUGGAGAGAUGUUGGAGGCCCCUUCUCUUCCACAGCUCCAAACUCCAUUGUCUGGUGAAUUAGAUCUCAUGCAAUACACUCCCCAACAGGCCGCCGCACCACCGAGCUCCCCCCGAUGCACCGACGACCUGACGCCAGCGGUCAGGCUGCCCUCCCCUUCCUCAUUGACGCAAGGGGGAAACCUAACAGAGGCAGAACCCACUGCGACACCCAGUGACAAACAAACGAAAGAUGGCGAACCAGGGGAGACAGUGGACAGCAAAUUACCCAAACAGUUGUUAGACAACGGAAAGUCUACACCUGGCAAGUCUGGUAAGAACAGCGCUAAGAAAGAAGGAGGCAAGAGGAAGAUUAAUAUGAGCGGUUACAUCCUGUUCAGUAGUGAGAUGAGGGCAGUGAUAAAAGCUCAACAUCCAGACUACUCCUUUGGUGAACUUAGCAGAUUAGUAGGAACAGAAUGGCGGAACCUUGAGGCAACGAAGAAAGCGGAUUAUGAAGAACGUGCUGCCAAAGUAGCAGAGCAGCAAGAAAGGGAGCGAGCAGCGCAGCAGCAGCAGCAGCAGCAGAACUCUUCUCCCAGAGCAGGUACUCCUGUAGGAGCUCUGAUGGGGGUUGUGCCUCCACCGACACCAAUGGGAAUGAUUAACCCGCAGAUGGCACCAGCCUCAGGCAUGAUAGGGGGCUAUCCGCCUGGCCUGCCACUAAUGCAGGGCUCAGUUGAUGGCAUUGUUAGCAUGGGCAGCAUGCAGCCUCAUCAUCAUGGGGUGCUACCACCUCCCCACCUCCUUCCACCAGGUAUACCAGGCAUCCCGGGCAUCUCCCUGCAGGGAGUCAUGGCACAAGGUGUAUCUUCCAUAGUAGGAUCACCUGCAGCUGGAAAUAACCCUUACAAUCAGCAGAUGGGUCUUCUAGUCCAACCAGGGCAGCAGGCACCACCACCUUAUCCUGGCCAGGUACAAAGUAGCCAGCCUGUCAUGCAGCAGCCUUCAACCCCAAUAUUUGUCGCACCCCCUCCCAGAACUCAGCGGUUACUUCAUUCUGAAGCCUACUUGAAAUAUAUUGAAGGGUUAACAGCAGAAUCGAACUGCAUCAGCAAAUGGGACCAUACAUUGUCAGCUCGGAGACGAGAUGUCCACUUAUCCAAAGAACAGGAGAGCCGGCUUCCCUCCCAUUGGUUGAAGAGCAAAGGGGCCCACACGACCAUGGCCAACGCAUUAUGGCGCCUCCGAGAUCUGAUGCUUAGAGACACCUUAAACAUCCGCCAGGCGUACAACAUUGAAAAUAUUUAACCCUUCACCACUGUUUCCCCCUCCCCCUCCCCUUUCAUACCAAGAUCAUAUUUGUGGAGCAAUUGAUGUUUUUAGUGACUGGAGGCCAAUCUUUUUUUAUUGUAUUUCUGUACAUUGUAAGACCAUUUUGAUAUGAGGACGUUUUUAAUAAGCUUAAUUUUGAUUUGUUGCUUUUUUUUUUUUUUGUUAUGUAUUAAGUUGUAAAGUACAACGUUUUUACAUAUUUUCAGUUGUGUGUUUGGGAUUUAGGGCCGAAGAUGCUCAUUGCUGGCUGUGUGUUUGGUACAUUGUUUUUUCUAUUGUAAUUGUUGGUUCGGCCGUACCACACAUCGCCAUUGUUUUAAAUUAAAUGUCUUUAUCACUA